AUGCCCGCCGCAUGGCUCUGUGACCGGGACUUCAAUUGUGAGGAUGGGACCGACGAGCAGGACUGUGACCCGGAGGAGCUUCGCUGUGGCCCCAGGCAGUGGGCCUGUGCCGGCGGAGAGCAGUGUGUGCCUGGCGUGUGGCGCUGUGACGGGCAGAGAGACUGUGAGGAUGGCAGCGACGAAGCUGGGUGCCCCCCCAGGAAGUGCCAGAGCUCUGAGUUCCAGUGCCGCUCCCACGGCUGCCUCGCCCUCCGCCCGGUGUGUGACGGGAAGGAGGACUAUGCCGACGGCUCCGAUGAAGGUGGAACGUGCUCGCCGUCGGCAUGCCACCGAGCGCGGUGUCCCCACGCCUGCUACCAGUCCCCGCACGGGCCGGUAUGUGCUUGUGAGCGGGGCUUCGAGCUGGGGAGCAAUGGCCAGGUCUGCAAAGAUGUGGACGAGUGCGGGAAGCCGGGCAGUCAGCCUUGCAGUCAGACCUGUGUCAACACCCAGGGCUCCUACAGCUGCACGUGUCACCCUGGCUACUCGCUGGAGCCCGAUGGCCACACCUGUAAAGCAACAGGGAUAAAGUCAGACUGUAUAGCGGUUGACUGCAUUGGGAGGAACCUCUACUGGGUGGUUGGGACAGCUGGCCGGAUUUUGGCAGUUCAGCUGACCGCUGUGUGGAGAGGAAAAUCCGAGCACACGAUUGUCCUGGAUGACUUGACUCAACCGCGGUCUUUGGCUUUAGAUCCCCUAAAUGGGUUAAUGUACUGGUCUGAAAUCGGAGGAGAACCUCAAAUAGAACAAGCUGGGAUGGAUGGUAGCAGCAGAAAAAUCCUCGUCAGUCAAGGUCUUGGCUGGCCAACCAGCAUAGCUCUCGACCAGUUGAGCUGGAAGAUAUUCUGGUCUGAUGACAAAUUUCACUGUAUUGGCUCUGCUAAUCUAGAUGGUACUGGUGUUCAUGUAAGUAUUCCUUGGUAUUAGGCUGUGUGUGAUGUCUUAUGCCUUGU